GUAAUAUCCGGAAGCCUUGAUUUUUCCAUUUUACCCAGGCACCUAAAGCUAGAGGCGGCGCGACUUUGUUGCCAUGGAAACAGAAGCAUCCAUUCUAACAAAAACUUGAGAACAACUACAUACUCUGAACAUGUGAAUUUGUCUUUUACCAUAGUUUGAAAAUGGAACUGGCACUGGGUGAGUUUACAUCUGUUGGGGCAUUAGAUGCUCUGUGUUCCCUGCUCAACCAUCCUACAGAAGAGGAUGAAGAGCUAGAUGCAUGUAGGGGUACUGCAGUAGCAAGUGUUGGACCAGGAGAUAUUGGACCCACAAGGAGCCAGGAGCAAGCCUCAGAAAAGACCACAGACAGAAAGGAUAUCUGGGAAGAAUCAGAGAUCACUGAGGGCACAGAAUAUGAAGACACACUGGAUCUGAGAGAGCAGCCAGAGUAUGAGGUAUUAUUUAAGCAGAGAGUUGGAACUGAAGAUAUGUUUUUGGGAAUGACUCGAAAGGAUCCAUCAACAGCCUGUUGUGAGCAGAUGGUGAUUCGAAUCAAUCUGCCUGGAAUAAAGGUUUCUGAGGUGUCGCUUCAGGUAAAGAAGAAAUUUCUAGACCUUCGCACUCCCAAACACAAACUUGCACUUCAUCUCCUACAUCCUGUAGAUGCCGAUAAUGGAAAAGCCAAGUUUGUGGCAGAUACAGAAUCGCUGGAAGUGACUCUCAACAUGACUCGAGAAUUAGAUUUCAUCAACUUCCUUUGAUAAUGUAUGGUGCCCACACCUAAAAAUGAAGUUUGUGUGCUCCAUCAUGCAUGUAAAAACAUUAGGCUCUGUUUUUCUAGAAAUAUGUAUGAAGUAUUUAAUAAACACAACACUUUUUGAUAA